AAUCCUCUCGAAGGCCGAACACCCCGGAAAAAAAUAUUUAUUUUUUUUAAAAGAGAAAUUGAGGGGAUGGACGAGGCGUGGGAGAGGGCGGUGGAGGCGGCGCUGCAGGCCGCUGGGGACGGGGGGAGCUCGUCUCCGGCGAGGAGCCUGACGCUGGAUGGCGCCGUGAAGUGCCUGCACGGGCGGCUCCCCGCGGCGGAGAUUCUGGAGCGGUACCAGAGCCUGGAGCACCUGUCGAUCGCCGGCGUCGGGGUCGCCUCGCUCGCCGGGUUCCCCCGGCUGCGGAACCUGACGCGCCUGACGCUCUCCGACAACCGCAUCGCCGGCGGGCUCGACCACCUCGUCGCCGCGGGGCUGGGCGCGCUGCGCGACCUCGACCUCAGCAACAAUCGAAUCCAGGACGUGGGCGACCUCGCGCCGCUGGCCAACCUCCGACUCGUCUCGCUCGACCUCUACGAGUGCCCCGUCACCCGGGUCAAGGAUUACAGAUCCAAGGUGUUCGGCAUGAUCCGGACGCUCAAGUACCUCGACAAGAUGGACGCCGACGAGAACGAGCGGCCAGAGUCGGAUGACGACGACGACGACGGGGAUGGCGAUGGCGACGGUGAGGAGGAGGAGGACGACGAUGAUGACGAGGAUGAGGAUCCUGGCAGCGGCGAGGUGGCCAACGGAGGCGUCUCCCACCCGCGUGGUGGCGUGGCGAUGCACCCGGUGGAGGUGAAUGGGGUCAUCGAUGUGGACGAAGAUGAGAGCGAUGCCGAUGAGGUUGUGCCGAACGGGGGAGCCGAACACCACCAUGGCGCGAAUGGGUUUCGGGUCGCGGCGGUUGGGGGAGCCCCUGACGAGGAUGAAUAUGUGGAGGAGGAAGACGACGAUGAUGAGGAAGACUACGAUGAGGAGGAUGAUUUGGGGGAGGAGAUCGAUGAGGAUGGUGAUGACGAAGACGCUGUUAUUGAGGUGCAUGAUGUGCCAAGUAGUAGUGAUGAGGAGGAAGAUGGCAUCGAGGACGAGGAUGAUGAGGACGAUGAGGAUGAAGAGGAGGUUGAGGAUGAUGGUGAGGAGGCUGAGCCAGAGAUUAGUGGGAGGGUAGCUUUGCCAGUGGGGGACGGCGUUGGAGAAGAGAUUGAUGGGCAUGAGCAUGGAGAGGGGGAAGAUGAGGAUGAGAACGGUGAGAUUGGAGAGGAGGAUGGCGAGAGAUUGGAGGAUGAUAGGGUUUAUGGGGAGGAGAAUGAUGACGAAGACGAGGAUGUGGAUGAUGAGGAUGAAGACACAGAAUAUCUUGUCCAGCCAAUUGCUCAGCCUCAGGCCAUGGCCAUUGGAAACGACCUCGACGCAGCUGAGGCUGAUGAUGCCGAUGAAGACAGAGAUGAGGUUGAUGACGAUGAUGAUGGUGGCACGGACUUGCCCUCAUCCUCGCAGGGCGCCAAGCGGAAGAGAGAUGAUAAUCCAUCGGGCAGUGGGGAUGAUGAUGAGGAUGACGAUGGUGUUGAGGAUCUGAGGCCCUUCAAGCACCACUGACCAAGCAGCAAUGUACAUGGAUCUCUCCCUCCCCUCCUCCUCAGCUAGAAAGAAGCAAGCAGCAGCAGCAAAUAGAAAUGGUGGGUUUUCCCCUGUUUUUCUUAGCGUUUUUCUUGUAAACACUUUGGAUUCAGAGAGCUUCUUCAUCCAUCCUCCUCUUCAAACAUCAGAUUUUAGGAGGGAAAAUGGAGAUACCUGUGUAGCAGCUUAGCUAGUUAGCCAUGGCAGCUCAGUUAAGUUAAGCGGUUCAGUUCGGUGCAGUUCAGUUCA